CCUCUCUCACACUCCGGAUCACAUCAUAACUUUUGCAAGGUGGCAAAACGGCGCUGACUUCUCCUCCAGCUUUUAAGGGCCUCAGAGGCGGCAGGCACGCGCACCGCAGGGAGACCAAUGGAGAAAUCCAAAAACUUUCGCAUUGACGCGCUUUUAGCAGUCGACACACCCAAGGCGCAGACCUCACCGCUGGCACUGGUGACUUCCCUGUCCUCCUCUUCCUCCUCUUCCGCCUCCUCCUCCUCCAUCCCGUCGUCUGGAAGCGGAGCAGCCCCGGAGCUCAGCGCCUGCAGCGCCGAGUCUUUACGCGCGGAGACGCCGUCUCCGCCGAGGAUCUCCGCGUGCGGUUUGAUCCCCAAACCGGGUUUCCUCAGCAGCCCGCACGGCAUGGUGGGACUACACCCGCAGAGCACCGCAGGGAUCCCCGCGCAGGCUCUCUACGGCCACCCCAUGUACACCUACUCCGCCGCUGCGCUCACGGGCCAGCACCCUGCUCUGUCCUACCCCUACCCGCACGGCUCCCAUCACCACCACACCAGUGAUCCCAUUAAACUGACGGCUAGCACCUUUCAACUGGACCACUGGCUGAGAGUUUCCACAGCCGGGAUGAUGCUUCCAAAAAUGUCCGACUUUAACUCUCAGGCGCAGUCGAACUUGCUCGGGAAGUGCAGGAGACCCAGAACUGCCUUCACAAGUCAGCAGCUGCUGGAGCUGGAGCAUCAGUUCAAACUCAACAAGUACCUGUCCAGACCCAAGCGCUUUGAGGUGGCCACGUCCCUCAUGCUCACAGAAACACAGGUGAAAAUCUGGUUCCAGAACAGACGCAUGAAGUGGAAGAGGAGCAAGAAGGCCAAAGAGCAGGCCGCCCAGGAGGCGGACAAGCAGAAAGGCACAAAGAGCGGCCAGGAGAAAGCCGACGGACUCGAACAGUCGGAUUAUCACAGCAAGACGGACUCAAAAAACGGCAGAAUCCGAGAUUUCAGGGACAGUGACGAUGAGGAGGAGGGCGACAGCUUCCUCUACAACUCCUCCGAGUGCUCCACGGACGACGAGCGGCAUCACAACAGCGACAUCAGUCCGCAACCCUGAAGCAAAAAACAAACAAACAAACAAACAAAAAUAAUAUUAAUAGAAAGGAAAGCGCGAGAUCAG